CGUACUAGGAGGAAACACACACACACACACACCAUACACACACUCGCGCACCACACACACAAUUGCCGCUGCGCUGUUCCGAGCGCGUGAGGAUCCGGGAUCCAGCUAAGAAAUGCGCUCGGGAGAGCAAUACUUAAGACUCGCGGCACUGCUCGUGCUGCCGCCGUGUUUGCUGUUCUUCAACAUGGACGAGAAGAACAGCAUGUCCUUCAGCGGGCCGAUCGAAGACAUGUUCGGUUACACCGUGCAGCAGUUCGAGAACAAAGAGGGGAAAUGGGUCCUGAUUGGUUCUCCUCUAAAGGGACAGCCAGCCCAGCGGACCGGAGACGUCUACAAAUGUCCCGUGGGUCACGGCAGUUCUUCCAGCUGUAUAAAAUUAGACCUGCCUGAGAACACAACAAUCCCAAACAUACACGAAGUCAAAGCGAACAUGACCAUGGGGACGACGCUGGUGGCCAAUCCGGACGGGAAAGGAUUUCUGGCUUGCGGUCCUCAGUACGGCUACAUGUGUGGAAAUCAGCAGUACAUCACCGGCAUCUGCUCCAAUGUCAGCUCCUCCUUCCAGGUGCUCAACACCAUCGCCCCAACCGUCCAAGACUGUAAGCAGGACAUGGACAUCGUCAUCGUGCUGGAUGGAUCCAACAGCAUUUUCCCGUGGAAGGACAUCACAAACUUUCUCACAAAGUUUCUCGAAAAGAUCAGCAUCCCUCCAGCCAGGGUGGGCAUCGUGUCAUACGGAGACAACGUGGGCCAUGUUUUUAACCUCAGUCAGUUCAGUUCCACAGAGGACCUGGUGAGGAACGCCUCCAAGAUCCAACAGAGGCAGGGCUUCAAAACCAUGACGGCGUUGGGAAUUGAUACGGCGAGGAAAGAGGCGUUCACUGCGGAGCGAGGAGCCAGACCAGGAGUGAAGAAGGUCAUGGUGAUCGUCACGGAUGGAGAGUCUCAUGAUGACUACAGACUGAAAGAAGUCGUCGACGACUGUGAGAAGGACGGGAUCGAGAGGUUCGCCAUCGCCGUUCUUGGUGAUUAUAACCGACAAAAUAAAAGCAAAGAGCAAGUGGAAAAAUUCAUUGAGCAAAUCAAGUCCAUCGCAAGCAACAAAACCGAAGAUCAUUUCUUCGAUGUGGAAGACGAGAGAGCUCUGGUGACCAUCGUCGAUGCUCUCGGGAGCAAAAUCUUUGCCUUAGAAGCUACGUCUGGGAAUCACACGUCGUCUUUCGAGAUGGAGAUGUCGCAGUCUGGAUUCAGCGCUCACACCUCGAGGGCAGGUGUGAUGCUCGGCGCUGUGGGAGCAUAUGAUUGGAAUGGCACUGUCGUCACACAGUCAGGCAAUCGGUUCGUCGUUCCCAAGCACAACACCUUUCACAACCCUCUAACGGAGCGCUACCAAGGCAUGGCCGGAUACGUGGGAUACGACGUGCAGUCUGCGUACACGCCCUCUGGAGUUCUCUACAUCACCGGGGCUCCCAGAUACAACCACACCGGCCGAGUGAUCGUGUACCGCAUGAACGGAACGAACGUCACGGUCACGCAGAACAUCGAAGGACAGCAGAUCGGCUCGUACUUCGGCAGCGUCCUGCAAACUCUGGACGUGGACAAAGACUCGUACACAGACCUUCUGCUGGUGGGAGCUCCCAUGUUCAUGGGGCCUGAGAGAGACGAGCAGGGACAAGUCUACGUCUACAAGCUCAACAAGGAUGGCAAGUUCGAACACGAGAUGACCCUGCGUCCGGUAAACCAGACGUGCUGCACGCCGCAUUCACACUCUUCCUGUACGAGCUUCAAUAAGAACGAGCCAUGCGGCGCUCGCUUCGGUACGGCCAUUGCCGCUGUUCGGGACCUCAACCUGGACGGCUUUAAUGAUAUAGUGAUUGGGUCGCCGCUGGAGAACGACCACCGGGGGGCGGUGUACAUCUACCACGGCAAAGACGACACGAUUCAAGAAAAAUACGUCCAGCGCAUAGCUGCCGGAGGUGACGGUGAGAAGAUGAAGUUCUUCGGUCAGUCCAUUCAUGGAAUCAUGGACUUGAAUGAUGACGGAAUUAUAGACGUCACUAUCGGAGGGAUCGGAGGAGCUGCGCUGUACUGGUCUCGGGAUGUUGCCGAACUCUACGGCGAUUUGAAGUUCAACAUCAAAAAAAUCAACAUGCAGCAGCCGACAUGUCAGAUCCACGGCAAGGACACGGUGUGCGUGAAGACCCAAGUGUGCUUCAAAUACAACGUCAAGUCAGAAAAGGAGACAAACCCAGAGACGGCGAUCCACUACACGCUGACUCUGGAUUCUCUGCGUGCCAUUGCGAGAGCAAGAUUUAACGGAACAGACGACAGAAAAAUCCAGAAGAACGUCAUCAUCAGAGACAAUCUGUGCCCCGAACACACCUUCUACAUGUCGGAAAAAUUAGACUUCAGGGAUCCACUGAUGGUGUCUCUGGACUUCGGGUUAGUGGAUGUAGACAAGGGUCCAGUGCUGGAUGGGAAUUUACCAACAUCACAAAAUAAAACGCUGGCGUUAGUAGACUGUGGAAAUGAGGAGAAGUGCGUCGCUAAUUUACAGCUCAAUGCUACAGCAAAUGUCACCAGACUUCUCAUUAAGGCCUACCAGGAGAAGUUCCAUGUCAGCAUUAACAUCAAGAACAGUGGAGAUAACGCGUACAACACCAAGGUCACACUAAGCACCACGGAAAACAUCAACUACGUCAAAGUCGAGCCUAAAGAAAAAGACUGUGAGUUGAAUCACACCAAAACCGUGUGUGCAGUAGGAUAUCCGUUCCUCAAAUCCAACGCGCAGGAAGACUUCAAGAUCCUCUUCGAGGUCAAUCCGUCUCACAUUCGCGAAGACAUCGUCAUCAACGUUACAGCCACCACUGAUAGCGAAGAGAAAGGAGGAAAGAAGAAGUCCCAAACGAUCACCAUCGCGGUGAAAUACGAAGCCAGUCUGACCUUCACUGCGAAGCAGACCAUGAAGGAGGAUCCUAUCAUCGUGAAGGAGGGAGAAAAAGCACCGAGUGUCAUCAACGACACCAGCCUGAUCGGAGAGGAGAUGAACAUCAGUUACAUGAUCGAGAGAGACGCAGCGAGGCAGAGUCCUCCUCUCAACCUGAACGUCACGUUUCCGUACAAGACUCUGGGAGACAACAUCCUUCUCUAUCUGACUCGCCUCACUUCCUCAGCCAAUAUCAAGUGUGUCGCUAAAAUGAACCCUCUGGAUAUCAGCUCCAAGUCCCCGGUCAACCGGAAACCUAAAGCUGAAACGCUCAGUGACUAUCUGCUGAGCUGUAACGAGACGGCGCACCCCUGCAGUUCGUUCAGCUGUGAUAUUCCUCCUGCCCCAUUCAACCAAAUCAACGUCACCUUCAGAGUCUGGAAGCAGACGUUCAUCCACGGCGAGUUUUCCAGUCUCUUGUUAACGGUUCAUGCUAAAUUGAAGAAUAAGAACCAGACUUUCUUUGAGUUAAGCAAAAACAACGAACUCAGAGAGGUUACAGUGCGGAUCUUAAAGGAGUCCCGAGGUGGAAUUCCUCUGUGGAUCAUCAUCCUCAGUAUCCUCAUAGGACUACUAAUACUGGCACUGGUUAUAUUUUGUCUUUGGAAGUUCGGGUUCUUCAAGAGAAAAUCCGUAGAAGAUAUGAAGGAGGAUAUGAGAGACAGUUAAAGGCUCCAGUUUUCAGCUCUGCAGCCUUCCAAAGCCCUCAGGUCUAAAUCUCACACUCCCAGACCCACAGAGACGCUUUACGCAUUACACUUUACACAGAACGGACCAACAUCCACACCGAGAUCUUGAAGUACCUGAAGAUGUAAUCUAGAUGGUUUGGAUUUUUCAGAACCCAUGAAGGUCAGCAGUUGAACUUUUGGUUGUGGUCUUUUUCACGUGACGUGCCUUUCCAAACCCAGCACGUGAGCUCUGGAAUAAACUAAGCAUUAGUAGAGUUGUUAUCGCUCAAAAAUAUACCUUUCUCCAACCGCAAAAAAUUUCACUAUCAGAUCAGCCAAUCGGCAUAAGAAUACGAAGUGAUUGACAGGAUGGAGUCUGUACCAUGCCCCUGGAAGCUCCGCCCCCUUUUCUGUAUUCCGAGUUACCUUUCUCCAACUGCAACCCAACCACCCCACCCCCACCCGCAAAAUAUAACCA